GCUGUAAGUCAGAGCACUGAUGACCCUGCUCGUCCAACCCGGGGCGGACAAGAUGUGGUUUGAUCGUAAGCCUGUGCUGUUCCUUGCUGUUCUUGUUUUGGCUCUGGUCCCGGCUGGCCGGUGUCAGGAGGAUGAGAGCCGUCGCUCGGUGACCGAACACCAGCUCCUGCACGACCGCGGCCGCAGCAUCCAGAGCCUCAGGAGACUGAUCUGGCUGUCCAGCGCCAUGGAGGGCCUCCACACCGCCCAGCCCCGCUCCGCCCCGCUCAUCCCCCCCAAGGCCCUCCGGCUGGGCCUGGGUCCAUCCCUAGGUCCAGGGCUGGGGGCCCGCUUAGGGGGAAGCCCCCAGUCUGUUGGGUCAAACGGCCAGUACAGAGCAGCCAGGGACAACCUGCUCAGAGACUUUUUUAAUCCCUACCUGAUGCCACUGCCAGAGAGAGAGCCAUAGAAUCACAUAUAUAUAUAUUGAUCUAUAUAUAGAUCAAUUUAUAUACCUAGUUAUUAUAUAUAAUUGAAUCCAUUGCAUGGACAACAAUACAAAGUAUUGGAUACAUCACUUGUUAUUUUUACGCUCAAUAUGGGAUGGAAUAUUUCUUUCAGUCAUUUUAUUAUAAUUUUCUGAAGUAUUUUUGAUAUCAGUAAGGUUGCCAUCAUUGUUUAACUUUGUAUUAAGCAAUCUACUAUGUUGUGUAUUUAAAUGCCUUGUAAUAAUAGUAAAUGUUGCUCAGAUAAAUACAUUGCAAUCAUAAUCUGUCAAAUAAUUUGGCAUUGCAUACGUUUUUUCCUCACUAUGUUAGUAGGAACUGUGCCCCUGAUGGUUGAUUUGGCGUCCCCAUUUAAGAACAGAAAGAAGACACCUUUAAGGUGAGCCAGACGUU